AUUGAUAUUGUUGUAGGCACUUCGUAUCAAGUUGGCAAACUAAAUGCAUCAGAGACGCGUCAAGGAUGGAAUUGCAACAGUGGAUGUGAGUCGCCACAACAUUGUACCUUGCCACGCUGCACUAACGUGGUAUUUCCGCAAACGUUUAGUGGAUCUGGAACCGUAAGUAAACCCUACUAAAGAAAUUAUAAAGUGGCUUCCUCUAAUGGGUUCGCGAAAACUUUCUAAUAGAAGCAGACCGCAAUAAGCUUCAUUAGAAACUAUCUUCUAAACAACUUUUGAUUUGCCAAAAUUGUGGCUUUUAUGAUGUUAUGACCUCAGCGAAUUUAGUGCACAUAGGUAUAUUCAAGUGCUCUAUAAUCCCUAAAAUGCGUCGUGUGUUUUUAAACAAAACAAAAAAGUCAGAGGAUUCUGACGAUAAAUUUAGUUUGGAAAAUAUCUAAUCCUUGGAAUAGGAUCAGGAUUGGGGGAUGGGGAGGGGAGGGGGAGGUGGAGGCGCUUAUGUAUGUAACUAUCGCUAUUUGUAACAACUUGUUAUAUAUGAUGUUAUAACAUAGAAGAUUGUAAUUUUAAAUUGUUUGGUGAACAGUCGAUGCAACAGGUGGUGUAAGACCCAAAUAAAUAUUGUUUUGUCUUGUCUUGAUUUCUCAUUAAUGCAUAUUUCUACCUGACUCAUCUCAGGUUCGAGUAUUUGUAUCAUUAAGCCACGAAGAUCAGUCAUCAGUUGUUCAUUCACCUUCCGCCGUUUGGGCAGAGUCGGUUAGUACAGCUGGAUUUCAGUUAUGCUCGCGUGCAACAGGUUCUACAAAUGACACUGGAAUUAUCAACUGGGUAGCGUUUCAGGACAAACCCAUGUUAACGCAUGGAAGCGUUACUUUUAGCGGAAUAUGGACAACAGAAACCAAAUGUGAGAAGGUGGCCUUUUCUCAGGUUAGAUAAUAGACUGACAGUAAUUGUAUAAUUUAGUAAGACGAAAAAAUAAAAAUAAAAUAGCACUUUAUUAAGCAGAUGAUGCUAAACAAGAGAGGAUAUCCUCUGUUGUACUGAACAAAUCAAAUAUCAGGAGUUUCCAUUUUUGGAUAAUAGGGAUCAGGAAAUUAAUUCUCUCAGUCUGGUUUAGUUUAGUUUUUAAUGCUUGGGCUUUUACUUUAAUGUGGUGGUGUCAUUGAGAUGCUUGGUCGUGGUGAAUGUAUUGAUGUGUCUGUAGUGAAUCAGGAAAUUAAAUAGAGCUAUCUUCAUUUACUUGAAAUUUUAAUAUUUUCACAUUGUAAGUAACAAAGCUCAGCUGAGAAGUAAAGUUUUUAUUUGUAACUUUUAGUAAUGUGGUAAAUAUGAUUGAUUUCGCCCUGCUUUUUGAAUGCAUAUAUUCGCAGAAAAAGGGGAUGAAAAGAAACUCGAGCGAACAUAAUUAGAUUACCGUAAAAUUCCCAAAAUAGACCCCUCCAUGUAUUAAAGCCCCUCCAAAUAUAAGCCCCCCAAACCAGUAACGCAAAAAACCGUCCUCAAAUUGCCCUCAAAUACAGAGUGAAACAAAGGGAAAACAGUAAAUUUACCUCCAUCUAUAAGGGAAGCUCAAUCGAUUUUGAAACGCUUAUCUCCCUCCGAAUAUAGGCCCCUCCAAAAAUAAACCCAUCAAAAAGGACCUUUGAAAAAUAUAAGCCCUGGGGCGUAUUUUCGGAAUUUUACGGUAAUGGGAUUGAUCCAUGUUUCCUUUUUCUUUUCAUUUAAGUGCAGCUUACAUGAGGACAACAUUGACUUUUCUUUGAUUUUUAGGAAAUGUUGCUUAUUUUUUUCGGUUAAUAGUUUUUCAUUUGCGUAUAUAUAUAUUUUUUGCAGAACUUUGCUUCCGAACCUAAUGUAUUUGUCUCUGUUAAGUACACUCGCAGUACAAAGCCAAAUGACGCUAAGUACUUAUGGUUAGAAAACGUCAUUCCUGGAGGAUUUGAAGUGUGCUUAAGGGAAUUCUUGCCCUUUGAUGGAAAACACCAAGAUGCAGUUGUGGUAAGAGAAGUAUUAUGCUCGAGUAAUUAAACAAUAAAGUGAAAGAUCACGGACUAUACAGUACUAUCAUCUCGGAUCACGUACUGGUGCAUGACGUAUUGCAUGAGGUUUGAAAAUACGAUUUGUGUCUUGUUAAUUCACGUGCUGCGUUAUUCGGGGAGAAAUAUUUUUGUUGUCUCUCAUGUCGCGAAGUCAGUGUUUUGUGUCGAUGUCAUAAGUUACGAAUAACUGGUAAGUAAAGGUGGCUCGACUGGAUUUUUCAGGGGUAAUACAGUCCAUGUUUGAGUAUUUACUGCGUCGUUGUUAUUAGGUAAAGAUGAAACUCUGUUUUGAUUAGUGUGACGUUGACAUCUGUGUUGUUAUGACAACGUAAUGGCGUGUUUAACACUGAGAAUCGUUUCCUGAAACUUCUAAUAGCUGUCUUAAUGUUCGCGAAGUUUGAGCAAACCUACUAGAGCACUAUCGAGAUAUUUUGAUAGGAAGUUACUUUUUUAAAGCUAGAAAUUCAGUAAAAACUAACUGAUCAAUCUUGAUUUGGUGUUUUUAAGGGGCAGCCUGUUCAAGUUUUGCAAAGUACAGAGAAAUGAGGUUGCAAGUAGAAUAUGUAAUGAUGGCACCGAAAAAUCCUGCCGACUUUCAGAAAAUGUCAUUCGUAGUCUGCCAUGACUAUUCCUGUCUAAAAGAUGGCAAGUUUAAUCUGUUCUUUUCUUCCUUUUUACUUUUUUACAUUUUUUUUGCCCCAGGACUGGUUCGCAUUCACUGGCAAUGGAAGUCAACUUAACUUUACAAUUACAGGAAAAGAGUAUUUUGGAAACAGUGGAAAUCCAUCAGCCCAAAACAACUAUGGCUUUUGUCAGGUGAAAACUACUUUAUUUCAACAUUUAGCACAGUUAUUUGUAAGAUUAAAACUUCCAGUUAAUCUCAGUAACAGUAACAGUUUCAAUAACUCAGUACUGCACAGUUAUUUAGUGGGCAGCUGAUUGCCAAAGUAACGAAUUUUAACUCCUUGGCUGUUUCCACCCUACCGUUCGUACUUAUUUUUCGUGUUUCUUGAGUUAUAUUAAUAGUGAUGAAUGAAAACACAACGAAACUGUCACUUAUCUAAACAUUCAGUUAAAAAGUUAUAGAUUUGCACAAAUUCAGAACAACUGGUAUUUCUAAAUUUUACCUGAUGAGAGUUUAGAAAUGAUGGCUUUCGAGGAGAGGGGAAAACAAGAGCACUCAGAGAAAAACCUCUUGGAGCAAAGGAGAGAACCAGCAAAAAUUUCAAGCCACUUAUGACGUCUACGGCGGGUUUGAUCCCGGGCUACAUUGGUGGAAGGCGAGUGCGGGCGCCACCCUUGCUCUCCCUUUAGUGACAAUUACAAGCUAAAUCUUGGCAACUCCUUUCGUGCCAUUGACAACAAUCACUGAACUAUAUCUUUAAAAGUUAAAACUUUGUACUAUGCCCGCCGACCCGCCCCAACCUUUUAGCGAUCGCCUACAAAAACAAUAACAGAAGUGGUAAGUGAUAAGUGGUGUUGUCCUACUACGCGCCGAUUUGAGGUCGUUACACAAAUUAACGAGUAGUUUAUUAGCUCGUUGUUUUUUAUGGUUGUCGGUUUUCGUGAGGACGCAAAAAGCUGUAGGUACACUUAUACAUUGCUGUGCCACCUGCUUUUUGUAUAGAGUUACUCGAUUUUCUUCAGCAAAGAAUAGUAUGGGUUGUCUUGAAACGUAUCUGCUUUAUAUUCAUUGAAAAUAGCUAGCCCUGCAUCUUAUUUUAGACUGAGAGAUUAUUCUGAGAAGUGAAAGGUUUAUAGAGGAUGGCCCAAAAUAAUGGAAAAAGAGCUACAUACUAAUUCAUCUCCUUAACACUUUCUUGAUUUUUCUUACGUAUUUACAGGAAGUACCUUUCAAUACGACCUUCUAUGAAUCGCCAGUUGUUAUUCUUUCCGUAAAUCAUCAAUAUCAUCGUCAGAUCAAGGGAAGUCGUCUUCCAGGAAAUAAUAUCAUAUCGGCAUGGGUAGAGGUAGGUUUGCAUUGCUAUUACGUGUGGUUGAUGAUCAGAAUUAUGGAUUUUUUCAGUGCUUUGCUGAAUCAUUUAAUAUGCAAUUGUUUGCUUGAAGAGUGACCACACCUUCAGAUCCAAAUCACCUCUCUCUCGUUUAGUCAGGGGAUAGAAGUACUUCGGUCAGUCUUCUAAAUUGAUUAAAGGACUUUAAGAUUGCUGACAAAGAAUAGUGUGAAUCUGAUCAAAGUUAUCGUUGAAAUUAGCAGGAAUUUAUAUUAAAUCGGAAGGUCACAUAUCCAAAUUGACGUUCGGUGAAAAUCAGACCAUGUUUAUUUUCUGAGUGCUAUCACUUUUUGUUGUAGGAAGUUGGAUUAGAAUCUAUGAAGAUAUGCGUUAAAGACCUCAGUGGAUUAGGAUCGAGUCAUGAUCCCUUGAUAGUCAGCUACGCUGUUACUGGAGGUUGUUUUUUUUUUUUUUCAUUUUAAUAAAUUUGUCUGUAUUAUCUAAAUUCGCAUAGCAAACCAUUUAAUGACAUAAUCAUAUUAACCUUGUGGUUCACAACAAUAAGAGAGCCCUGGCCGGUAUGCAAACAUGUUGUAAUCAUACAUGAUUGUUUUUUUUUUUGAAUGGUGAGAAUAACUCAAUAAUAUAAUGACUUGUUUCUUAUUGCAGAUCUUAAUCCUUGCCUUAAUGUGCAUUGCCCGCGAUAUGGAGUCUGUAGGACCUACAGUGCGCAUGACGCUCGGUGUGAGUGCGAUGACCAAUGCCCCUCAUAUGAAGACCCAGUGUGCACUGCAAACGGAACAACCUAUGACAACCGAUGCUGGCAUAAGUUAAGCUAUUGCAGAGGACUUGAGAAUAAUCUGGUCUAUCACCCAGGAAGCUGUGAAGGUAACGAAAAAUAAUUUCUUGCACCUUCUCCCUUGUCCUUCCUGUCAAGGAAAAGUUUGAAGGUUUUGUAAAAUUUCAUCGGUUUUGACGCAAAUCACCGCUAGUUCACUCCAAUAUUUUCUAAUGGUUAUUUGCCUUUGUUUCGUUGCCUCAUUCCUCCAUUGCCGUUUUAGUUCAAAGUUCUCCGGUGUCCUAAUUUGUCUAAGUCGUUUCGAAAAACGACACUUUGGUCUGGUAGCUUUUGUCCAAGCUGGUGUCAUACAAGGCACAAAUUAAUUUUGCCCUCAUGUUCAUCCUUUUUACUUUUUAAAAUAAAGCUUUAGUUUUCUCCUUUCCUCGUCUCGGGCUUUGCACUUGUUUCGCACUUCGCGCAAAAUGCUGCUUGGCUCAUAAGGAUCUGGAAAUCCGUUAAAAUCUUGCCCUGAAUCCAAAAUCCAGGCAAAAAUAUUUUCAAGAGGUGGCUCGCCUAUUCGCCUAUCAAACGCCUGUUGCCCAGGCAACACGGAUAUUUCCACGUAGGCGGCUUUCUUUUGACACGAGAAUUUACAUCGCUUGUCGCUGCAGUUUCGUAACCAAGAUUUGGAUGAACGUCUCCACACAAUAAUAAUUAAUUCAGUUGCAAUGAGGCAGAUGAGUUGCGGUGGUGAAUGAUUUUGCAAGAAGCGAAGUGUUUCUUUCGCUUGGGAGUAAAACCAAUAUUGCUUCUCGAAGCACAUGGCAUGAAGUCAGAGUAGCCCAAAGUUAAGCAAAUGCUGUAGGGCAAAAACUCAUUUAACUCCCCGACAGAGGUGCCUCUAAGUUUUGUUGAACAUUUCGUACUGUUUGGAGACGUGCUGGCACGCAAAACAUUAAAAACACAAAAAUUUUUGCGAGAGCACCAUGAUGACCGCUGUACUCGUGUCCUAGCAGUGUUUAUCUUGGGCACUGAAACCAGCAUGCAAAAAUAAGAAGCUACUAUAAAUUAUGUUGUGGAAAGGUGUCCGACAUGGCAGGUUAUAGCUUCGUUCAGUUCCAAUUUUGCUGCGCUGGAGUUCUCACACGCUUUUUUUAUCACCAACCAUCACCACGGAGACAAUGCUGAAAGAUUGCUCUAAAGCAAGCUGGUAAAGCUGCCUUAAUGAUAAUGCUUAAUUGUUAAAGUGACGCUUCCUCAUAAUGUUCUUAAUUUAUUAUAAAACAGGUUUUCCAAUUGUACGGGGCCGUAUAGAUUUGCUACACGUUCCAAUAUAUCAAGCUUUAAUACAGCCACACUUUGAUUAUUGCAACAUUGUUUGGGGAAACUGUGGGAUAACCUUACGGAAUAAGGUUCAAAAGCUACAAAACAGAGCAGGGUGGAAAAACCUAGCUUGCCAGCAACAAUUUCAAAGAGCUACGAUGGUUUACAGGUCUCUGCACGGGUUGGCUCCAAACUAUCUUAGUUCUAAAUUUGAAAGGCGAGAAGUCGCAUAUAACCUAAGGGACUCUGAAAAUAAACUCAAUAUUCCAUUACCGCGCACAAACUAUUACAAAAACAGCUUCAGCUAUAGUGGCGCCAUUCUCUGGAACAGUCUUCCUUGUAACUUAAGGGAAGCAGAGUCCCUUGGGCAAUUUAAACGAUUACUCAAAGAACUGUAAGGCACGGCAUUCGUGGAAAGCAGCUUUUUUAUUUAAAUAUUUUUGUUAUAUUAGUAUUAGGCAUUUUUAAAGCUGACGAAUUUUGUACCGUGAAUAAAUAAAGAUUAUCUAUCUAUCUAUCUAUCUAUCUAUCUAUCUAUCUAUCUAUCUAAAUGGUCAGAUUCAAACUGUCAGACAGUCGCAUUUCCUCCAUACCGGUUUUAUCCGGAUAAACAAGUUGAUGUUCAAAUAACCGUCAACCACAUGAAGCUGAGUGACUCUGUGACAGUCCACGACGCUGUUACUUCAUGGACAGCAAGUAUCAACACAAAAAACUUCACCGUCUGUGUCAUGCAAACCGGGAGGAAAGAAGGAGGUGCGAAUCCAUUUGCCACCAUUGAUUGGGUGGCUUAUCAAGGAGCACCAGCCGAAGGAUUGACGGGAACGGUUGAGUUGCAGAAAUGGUGGUCUGGUACCAACUGCGCAGAUGUAAUCUUUCCUUCGGUAAGACGGGAAUAUUUUUGUACGUACAAAUUUAACUCAUUGUUGCAAUAAAAGUAUCCUAGGACGAAUAUCUUAGACUUUCAUUCGCCACUACAGCUUUAUCCACGUCUUCCAAACGAAGUUAGUCAAACAAACAAAAAUAGCUUAAUAAAUCUAGCUGGAUUUUUGAAUUCAAAAUGAACCUAGCAAAAUUUGCCGCCAUAUGGGUGGAAACGGGCCAGAAAGUAGGUUUUUCUGGUCCCGUAAGUCCGAAAAACACACUAGAAAGGAAAAGGAAAGGAAACAUAGAAAGAUUCCAUUUAAAGUGAGGAUAGGCUAAUUUGCCUAUUAGCAGUGAAUUUCAUGUCACGUGCAGCAAAAUUCAAGGAAGCAUUAACACGCCUUCACUUGUAGUAAAAAGCUAUUUUGAUUGUUCUUAUUGCUUCAUUGUUAUAUUUUUCAUUUUUUCAGGGCAAGUUUCCUGAGGCGCCAAUAGUCCUUGUGACGUCAGAGCACCUGAGGACUGGUAAAGAGUAUGAUGCUGCUCUCAUUUGGAUUGAAGACUUAACAAAGGACUCACUUAAAAUCUGUCUUCGUGAAAUGCAAAACUUUGACGGUAGACACCAAGAUAUCACUGUGGUACGUUAUCAGUUUUUAAAGAAACUAGAACGCCAUUGUUUACACAAUUUGUGAGGAAUGCUGGUUUGUAAACUAUAAUAGCGAUAUGAUUAAUAGCAUUCGUAACUUCAAGAUUAUCAGCGAGUGAUUGUUUAGUCUAAAGGAGAAAGAAAAUGGAAAGUAAUAAAAACGGGAAAAAAAUAGACAUGAAUUGCUUUGCCUAUUCCUCAUGCUUCCUUUCAUGUUCUUACCCGAUGCGCUUGGUGUUCUGGCCGAAAUUGUGACGUCUUGCGUUCUCUCCUUGGUCACCACUCCAUAGAGCUCAAAAUGCUAAGAUUUAAGGCCUAAAGAAUGCUGGGCUUUGAAAAAUGUUUGGUGAGGAUGAUAUUACAAUAUUUACACAGUACGGAUGGCAUGGGCUCCUGAUCACUUUUGUUGUUCUCUUUUUACAGAACUGGUUUGCAUUCUCCAAACUGCACAAGCCUCUUUUCACCGAACAUGGCGUCAUAAGUUUUCCAAAUACGAACCCACCUUUGGAUAAAAUGAACAAUGCUUAUUGCGAGGUGAGAAUAGGAUUACUCAAUCACGCCUUUUUAUCUCAUUCAUCAUCUCAAGUAGCAUGCUGUUCACAGCAUUCAGUUUAGAAAAACAAUUCGUUUACUAACAUAUUACUGAAUAUUUUCAAAACAAUUGUAGUCAUGUGCAGUAAAGAUCGCCGAAAAUCUCUUAUAAAGCGACGAGAAAAAUCAAGAUGCUGGCACAGAAAAUAAACAUAAAAUGUCGGCAGUUCGUCCAGAUAAAAUGAUUAAUUUUAGUCCAAUGUUGGCUUAAAAACAAACAUCUGGAACAAAAAAAAAAACAACAACAACAACAAAAACAGGAGGUAACUCAAGCUUGUAAUGAUCAGGAAAUAGUGACUCAAGCGUUGUAUGUUUCUUUUAUAUGGCAGUUCGUUUCAUUCACGAGAGUCUAUAACUCGACCCCGACAGUGCUUGUCUCAGCCAAUCACAGUACGACGGUAUCUGGGAAUUCAGGUCCGAUUCACAACGGAAUUACCACGUGGAUCGAGGUAAAAAUUCUUUCUCACUUAAAACGUAUUAUAGUGACGUGUCCUGGUAAACAAAUUUCAAACCAAAACUAUAAGGAUAAAAUCAAACAGACUGGCAGAGUGGAGGCCAUAUAUAGGUGUAGCUUACUUGUUGUUUCGACAUACAGUGUAUUGCAAACUGCACCUUAUCUAGGAAAGGCAUGUGAUCAAAAUAAUAUUAGAUAAUAAUAGUAACUGCUGUGACUUGGGUAAAUUUUGAGUCGUGUACAUUUGUAUAUAGUUUUAGGUUUUAGAUCAUUAAUUUAAAAGUCAUGUAAUAGAUAUGUUUGCCAGUAUGUAGGAAAGUGUCCCCAAUUAGCUAAUUGAUAAAUACAUUCACACUAAAAUGUGAUCAUUAUUAUUGUGAUUACGUGCUUUUCCUAUUAUUAUUAUUAUUAGUAUUAUUACUAUUAUUAUCAUUAUUACCAUUAUUAUUAUCAUUAUCACUAUUAUUAUUAUUAUUAUAACGUUAACCCAUUGACGGCCCUGCCGGCCAAAACUGGCAGUACAAGACUACACUGCCUAAAACAUUGCAACUUUUUCAAUCGCGCGAGCAUUGCCUUAACUGUCAGCUAGAGCAUUGGGAAUAAUAGAAUGCCCUUCAAAUUGGGAUAUCCUGAAUAGACGCAAAAAGCGCUCUUUGCAAAAAUGACCGUUUUAAACGUCAUAGAACAACGACAAAAAUCGUGUUUCCUGCCUUCAGGAUUUUUUUCAGAAAUCAUCGUUGCAAAACCAAAAGUCAUCAUUCACAGUAAAAUUCAGUCCUUGUUCUAGUUUAGAAGUGACUUUUUUUGUUCUCCUUUGUUUUCUGGAAAUAUAGCCUUUUGUUCUAGUGCAGCCUGGCCUUGCCUCGAUUUUCAACAUCACGACUGCACUGCAUGCUAGGAAAUAGCCAUUUUUUUUUCAUAUUUGUACAAAAUCUACUGUCGCUCUGACCUACCACGGCUUGUUUUCAUUUUCAGUUGUCGCAAAUUUUUAAAUAUAUGCCGUGGUAGGUCAAGAAAUUCAUCAGUAGUCGAGUCCCAAAGCUACUUCGUUUCGGAGCGGCCAUUAUUUCUCCAGUUACACGAGCAAUAAGCAAAAUUCGCAAACAAAGUUCAUCACCUUACUCACUUCUUUAAGAAAGUGGACUCUUAGCUACCGUCACGCUUAAUGAUGCUCAUCAGGAAGCCACUAAAGGUGAAAUAUGGCUGUAAAAGUACCAAACGUCGCGUAGAAUCCAAACUUCAGCGGUUAUUAUAGCUCAUCGAAGCAAAAUGACUACGUCAGACUGACGUUUCCAGAAAACUCAAGCCUUCAGUGUUUUAGAACAGCACCUUCCAUGGUAACCCCAAUUAUAGAUUCACGAAAUCCUAUGGAUUGUUUCUAUGUAGAAAAUCACUCUAAACCCUGAAAGUGUUGGACGUUUAUGGGUUAAAUUAAUUAAGGAGGCGUGAUGGUCUUGCACUGUAGGCUCAAGUUCAUGCGUAACUGUUUUCCUCAGACAAGGAGCUUUGUCCCACUUUGCAUCUCUUUAUCCACGCGUCUUAUCCAGGGGGAAGUGGCAAUACUGCUGGAUGCUCUUUCGGGAUAGACGGGAAUAUUUAGCUGUGGUAGUGAGUGCCAUGUGUCUCGCCAGCGACGUAUAGCCUACAUUAUUCAUAAGACAGAGAAAAUAAAAUCGUUCUUACUAAAAACACCCUUGUGGAAAGCGAUAUACAUUUUUUUCAAAUUAGAUAACACUUUCAACAGGGGCACCCAAUGACUGUUUUCUUUAAAUUAUAUGUUCGGAGAAGCAAAUAUUGCCUAGAAUUUUCUUUUCUUGAUGACGACUAGAAAUUUCUAGAUGACCGUUCCAGUCAGGUACAAUUUUCGAAGCUUAUCUAAUAAAUGUCCUACGAUGUUCUGAAAUUUAACUUUUCACAUUUUACUCCUCAUGUUGGGGUAAUUUUCGUAGAAAAAGGAAACCUAAAGUUUUCGGAUUCAAAAAUGCGAUGGAGAGAGGAUUAAGAAAAUAUCACUUUCGUAAAACAUUAUAUCGCAUCUAAAAUUUUCUGAAAAAUAAUACUGAAGCCCUUGUAAUCUCGAAAAGCUCAAUUUCCCUUAGGAUGAUCGAACAGAUAAAAAUUUUUUUAUACCGCCGCUUAAAAUGCAUUUCUAAAGAUCUAAAAGUACUCUGGAUAGCCUAAAAAGAAUUUUGAAUGUAUUUAGGGGAAAAUCGUCGUUGGGUGCUUUAAAUCUCUUUUCAUUCACUCAGUUUGAGGUCCUGAAAAGCGUUAACUAUUUCACACAGAACAUGACCAUCGUCAAGUGAGUUACUGAAUCUUUUUGCAGUCUUUUGACUUCUUCGAUAUCAAAAGCAAUAAUUCUAGACAAAGAUUUUUGAAAGAAUCUGUAUCUUGCCCUCAGUAAACCCAGUUAUCGUGCUAUGUUUGCAGAACAUGAAUACCUCUGGAUUCAGAGCCUGUGUCAAGGAAUUAUAUGGGACCAGAUAUGACCCCUUAUCCGUCAGUUAUGCUGUGCUCACAGGUCUGUUAAUUACUACUAACUGUCUUCAUUUAUUGAGUAUGUCCACCGUAUGUUUUGACAAACGAAGCUUACCAGAUUAACCUGAAAACAAUUCGUCUUUUGAUUCACCUGCGUUUUUUUUUUCCUGAAGAAUAUUUCACCGGCAAGGAUACAACACUUUGCUCAAAUUUAAAGCAUCAGGCUUCGAACAAACGUUUAAGAAGUUUGUGUUGCUUGCGAAUUCACUUUUACGUAGUGAUCUUUCUUCCAUCUGGGUGGCACCACUCUAACUGCCCCGGAAACGUUUUUAUUUGCGAUCAUUUUCGUAUCAGCCUUGCAAUAGUGCUCUGACUGAGGUGCCGUUAAGGUUAAUAUAUACCUAGGCAUUUUUUUAUUUAUUUGUAUUUUAUACAAAAAUGGAGUAAGUAUGGCAAGGAGGCCUAAAGGAAACUGUAUCCAGCCUAAUGUUAAUUAAGCCUCCUCAAUUACUAACAAUGUUUCAUGAUGGAUGACAUAAAAAUUACGACGACGGAUACAAUUAUUUAUCAAAGUAAAGUAACAAUAUAAUAAGGAAAUUAACAACUGUUGAGAAUUAUCAUCUUUGUCUGACUUUGUAGAUAUUUGUGAUCCUGGCUGGAACUAUUUCAACGGCUUUUGCUAUUUCACAAGUAAGACUUGUCAAAAUUGGACCAUAGCACUGGAUAAAUGCCGACAAGAAAACUCGGUUCUUGUUGACGUCCAAAACAAUGAAGAAAAUGUAUUUUUACAGCAUCUUCACAAUGGAGCAAAAUCCUGGUUAGGAUUGAAUGAUAUUUUUACGGAGGGUUCCUUUACUUGGGCAGAUCGUGGUACCGGGAACUUUACAGCUUGGGCCAAGAACCAACCAAACAAUUUUCGGGAUGAGGACUGUGUGCAUACACUUGGUGUUGAAUACAAAUACGAAUGGAAUGACGUGAAAUGCAGCGACUGUCAUCAGUACACUUGUAAGAAAGGUAUGGUUUUUAAUGUAUGUUUAGUUGUAAGGUUUUGGUUUGACAAAUAAGACAUAAUAUAUAGAUAACAGUAAUAGUCUUGGAAAAAAACUAUUGGAUCAGUUGAUAAUUCUUCAAAACCCACCGCUCCCCCCCUUCCCACCAAACCACACCAUGAAAUUUAAUGUUUUAUAAAAGUUAGUUGUCAUUCAUGAACUCUUUGACAGCGUCCAGUUCACAGUUUAUGUUUAAUAGGUCAGUCUCUCCGUUUAGAAAGUAUUCCACUCGAAUGGUGAAUUAGGCCUAUUUUUCUUAGUUCUGUUUCCGAUUUUUCUUUGCAAAAUCGGACCAAGAAACGUAAACUACCCUUUUGAUU